AUGUCAGGGUACUGUUUUUUGUUCCCCCCCUUCCAGAGCAAAGCGUGCGCCUCGGUGCUCCUCGAACAGGUGUGUCGCCAGCUCAACCUCCUCGAGUCGGAUUACUUCGGCCUCGAGUACACGGACGGCAACACCCGCUACUGGCUUGACCUCGAGAAACCCAUGAAUCGACAGGUGUGUCUGAGCCAGGUAGAACCAGUGCUGAGGUUCUGCGUCAAGUUCUACACCCCUGACCCCGCCCAGCUGGAGGAAGAGUACACACGCUACCUCUUUGCCCUCCAGAUCAAACGAGACUUAGCGCAUGGCUGGCUCAUGUGCAACGACAAUACUGCCGCCCUCAUGGCAUCCUACAUUGUCCAAGCUGAAUGUGGAGACUUCGUGGAUGAAGAUUAUCCCGAUCACCGUUACCUCUCCCUGUACAAGUUUGUUCCCUCACAAGAUGGUGAAUUGGAGAGAAAAAUCAUGGAGAAUCACAAGAAACAUGUGGGUAUGACUCCAGCUGCUGCGGACUUGAACCUUCUGGAAACAGCUAGAAGAUGUGAGCUAUAUGGCAUCAAGAUGCAUCCUGCAAAGGAUCAUGAAGGAGUACCCUUAAACCUUGCUGUUGCGCACAUGGGUGUGUUAGUGUUCCAGAACUACACGAAGAUCAACACUUUCUCUUGGGCUAAAAUACGUAAACUAUCCUUCAAGCGUAAGCGCUUUCUCAUCAAAUUACAUCCAGAAGGAUAUGGCGAGGGCUAUUACAAGGACAUUGUGGAAUUUUUCUUUGAUGGACGUAACGAGUGCAAGAAUUUCUGGAAGAAGUGUGUGGAGCACCACGGAUUCUUCCGAUGUUCACAAGUUAAGAAAGUGCCGCGCCAAAAAACCAGGGUGCUUUCACGAGGAUCUUCUUUUAGAUACAGCGGCAGAACUCAAAAACAGGUUCAGGAGUUUGUCAGAGAUAAUUACGUAAAGAGAGCACCAUUUCAAAGGUCUCAGUCAUUUCGACACUCUCCCUCAGUACAUACGAGCGUAAGCAACGUAGGUAUGAGUAUCUCUGCGCAGCCUCUUCUUCCACUUGGAGACAAUCAAUGUGGUGACCCACAGUCGCCGGGGUCACCUACCCAGACUGAGACUGCCGACCUCCAUGACUUCGACACACGUGACCUGGAGACUCCCAGUGUGACACCAUCAAGGCAGGACACCCUCUCACCGGAGACCUCAGUGACCUCUAGUCCACAGCGAGGUCAUGACCCCGAGUACUCCCACCAUCCAGUCACCAAUUCUACACAAGUGCAAACGGGAGUCUCACCAGCAGAGCUAACACCACCCAAGGUCAAUGAUGCAGGCCCAGCACUGCCGUCUCACAGCCUAGCCUCCCCCAUUGGGCUGAGCCCCGAUGAGCCAGUUGUCAGCUCGCUGUCCAUCAAUGCCUCUCCCGUGACCUCACCCCUGUCGACGCAGAAGGAAAAUAUACCCAUGUCUAAUCAUGUUAAUAACAGGGUGGACUCCAUUCCUAAUGGGCAUGACAAGUCAGUUACAGCUGCACGUGUUGGAGAGAUGGAGGGAGAAUCAAGGAAAAGAAAGUAUCCCAGUGACAAGGCCUAUUUCAUAGCCAAAGAAAUUCUAACAACAGAGAGAACUUAUAAAAAAGAUCUAGAGGUCAUUAAUAUGUGGUUACGAGAAGAGGUUGGAAAGGAGGAAGGGAUGCCAACAGAUAUCCUUAAUCAACUCUUCCAGCUGAUUGACCCAAUCUAUGAGUUCCACACGCAGUUCUUGAAGGAGCUGGACACACGUUUAGCAUUAUGGGAUGGUCGUGCAAGUGGAUCAAACAAGUUGGAAUCUCAGAGAGUGGGCGAUAUUAUGCUGAAAAACAUGAAUAUGCUAGAAUUGUAUGACAAAUACCUUAGGAGCCACUACUCAAUAUUGGAAGGCCUUGAAGCUUCCUUCCGUAAGAACCGACGCUUUGAGCAAGUAUAUCGAGACUUUGAAAUGCAAAAAGUCUGCUAUUUGCCUCUGACGUCAUUUAUCUUGAAACCUCUUCAUCGUCUCCAGCAUUAUCACUUACUGCUUGACCGACUUGUAAAACAUUAUGGCAGUGCUAAUCAUCAUGACUACCGUGAGUGCAUGACAGCCAAAGCCAAGUUGAGUCAAGCUGUGAAAGGCAUGGGACCAGCCCUCGCUGCAUCUGAGAACCUUGUCAAACUGGUUGAGCUGCAGCGAGACCUGGUGGGAAUAGACAAUUUAGUACAACCUGGUCGAGAGUUCUUGCGAGAAGGUUGUCUACAAAAGUUGUCUCGGAAAGGAUACCAGCAGCGCAUGUUCUUCCUGUUCAACGAUGUCUUGUUGUACACAAAUCGCACCACAACCCCAGUGUUGCAGUUUAAGGUGCAUGGCCAACUCCCUCUCCGUGGAGUAAUGGUUGAAGAAACAGAGAGCCGUAUGGGAGCAACCAACUGUUUCACAAUCUAUGGAGGCAACAGGGCUUUAAUGGUGGCUGCAAACAGUGAUGAGGAUAAAGCCAAAUGGCUUGAAGACCUCACUGCAGCCAUCAGUCAGGCCAAGUCACGGCCUGAUGAUGCCUUCCAUUAUCUAUCACUUAAGUCCAUCAGUUCCUCUGAUGAAGUUCUGGACCGCAGUGAAAGCAGCACACUUGAGGAUCCUUUGAGUCCAACUCGAGGACUAGGAGAGAAAGGUGCAUCUCCGCAGCAGCGAUCCAAUACCACCGUCCAUGUUUGUUGGCACCGUGCCACCAGUGUGGCGGCAAGAGAUUACUCUCUAGCUGUGCAGAACCAACUCAGUGGGUACUUGCUACGCAAGUUCAAGAACAGCAUGGGCUGGCAGAAGCUUUGGGUGGUAUUCACCAACUUCUGCCUGUUCUUCUACAAGACCUUCCAGGAUGAUUUCCCUCUGGCUUCACUUCCAUUGCUUGGGUACACUAUAACUACACCUGGAGAAGAUGACCAAAUACAGAAGGAGUUUGUCUUUAAGCUCCAGUUUAAGAACCAUGUUUAUUUCUUCAGAGCGGAAUCCGAAUUCACUUUCUCUCGCUGGAUGGAAGUUAUUUCUACAGCUACUCAGAACUCAGCACGGACUCGUCUCUUUAGCCGGAAAGAGAGUGAAAAUGAGAGCAUUAGGUUGUAAUUCCCUAACUGAUAUUCUCCAUUGAUCUGAUUUCUUUUAUUAAAAGGACUUGUGAAUUUUUUAAAAAUGUAUUUUAGAGGUUUCUUGGUAUUGGCAAUAACAGAAAGAUCCAUAAAAGUUUCUCUGAAACAUAGCCAUGUAAAUUCUUCAGUUGAGUAAAUAUUAUAUAUAUAUAUAUCUCUUCUGUAUAAAAGAAAAUGUCUUUACAAAGAAAAUAUUAGGGCAAAUCUUUCUUUUUUCUUUUUUUUCAUUUAGAUCUCACCUCUUGUUCUUUGUACAAACAGAUUAGGACUUAGUAAGUGAAUAAUGAUUAAGCUACUGAUACUGAAGACCUAAUUCCUGAAUAGUCAAAUACCAGACCUAAAGAAACUUCAAUCCUGGACUUUUCACAGUGCGCUAUUACUGUACACUGGAGAAUUAUGGUGUGUUUUUUUCACUUACUUGUGUAGCAGCAAUAAAAAAGAAUUUUAUGGAUGAAAAAAAUAUACUUUUAAGAGUGUGACUUAACUGCUGCUAAUAUUUUCUUCUCUUUAAGCUAUUAUCAGUUUUAUUGUUAUUAUUAUUUACCAACAGCAGUUACAAGGUGCACUUAAUUUUGCAUUUGUUUUAUAACGAAUGCCAACAAUUUAGGAUGGUGAGAACAAGUCCACACAAUAAAAAAAUGUUACAGAACAACAGUGUAAUGAAAAAAUAUUUUUAAAGAUGAAAAAGUUUUUUUAAUAGUUUUAAGAAAAUAGUGUACAUAAUGUAUUUUAAAAAAUUAUGUUAUAGGUGAAGGCCUUCUCCCAGAAAAAAAGGAUGUUGACAAGUACUUCAAAUUUUAAAUCAUUUUUAAGGAUAAGCAUCUGUCCGAAUAUCUAUAUUAUGAUUUAGAUAUGUCAUGCCCAUUUUUUUUAAUGCAAAAAGGAUAAUUAUGUUAAACAAAUAUAUUAAAUGAUCAGAUGUGUAAAGAAACAAACCUGUUAUAACAUCUUAAGUGAAGUGAUAGAUCAGUGCAUAUCACUCUACAUUAUUUUUAUAAUGUAUUCACUCUUACUUCACAUGGUGUUGUCAACAGUGAAAUGUGUUUUCUAUUUAAACAGGUUUGAUGAAAUGGAAGUUGUAGUAGUACACAGUGUGUAAUUUUUAUGUAUAGAGGACCAAGCCAUUCAAUCUUGACUUAAUACACCACUGUAUUUUAUGAAUAAAAACUCUAUUAUUGCUUAAACAUAUACUUCAUCAUAUCAUAUUUUCUAUAUUUUCAUGUGCAGUUUAGGAAUAUUUACCAACAAGUAAAUUUGUUUGAGAGUGCUGUAUAUGAAUUUUAAGGUGCAGUUUUCAAUACAAAUGUAGAAAUAAAAAUGAUAUGUCCAUAUGACUGGCAUACAUCAUUACCUUGAAUCAUUUUUGGCAAGAAGGUAUAUAUGUUUCAUUAGAGCCUUGAUAAUAACAGCAUAGGUUGUGUACAGAUACAUUUGCUCAGAUGAAAAGCUUGCCAAUUCUCAUUGUUUCUGUUGGCAUAUUGUUUUUUUUCUAUCUAGACCAUUGUGUAGAUAGGUCAUGUCACUGUUUCUUUUAUAGAUAAUAUUUAAGUUGUGAUUACUAUUCUAGGUAGCAUUCAUACUAAUGGAAUUACCAGUUUGUAUUACCUAACAUGUGGAAAAUUAGGGAUCCUAGUCGAUAUUAGUCAUCUGUAUGAUAUUUUGUGUAUUGCUGUAGGGAGAUAUCACUUAUCAGUAUCAUGGUGUAUAUCAAAAUUGAACUUAUUCAGUUUUAUAAUUGUUACAAAAUACUUUUGGUAAAAUUUCAUUGUAGAGGUUAUUUCCUGUACUUUUUUUGUUUUUAUUUUUUGAAGGGUCCAGUGGGUGUAAUAAGCAGUGUGUAAGAAAUGUGGUCAAGCCAAACUUAGUGGUUCAUCAUGUUAUUGCUUAUUUUUCUUUUUCAUUUCUUCUCCAUGUUACAAGUAUAAUUAAAAACAGAAAUCAUUGAGGCAGUAACAGAAGCACUUUGAUAAUCUGAUAUGAUACUUGGUGCCAUGAGAAUGUUAACAUCACCUAUGUGGGAGUAUUUGAAAUCGUAAUGGUUUCAGAGCUAUAAAUACUAUUAUUGUAAAGGAAGGAUAAUUCUAAAAAGCUUCUGGUAACUUGUCCAUAAGUUUUAUCAGAAUUUAAUUUUUUUCCCUCUUUAUUCCUGUCAAAAAGUCUAAUGCAUCUUCCUAAUGCAUGUUGUGCUCAAUCAUCCCUGUUAACCUCAGCCUUUUUGUAAAAUUUAUUCUCUUAAUUGCCUUGCCCCUUGCCUUACCACCUAGAUCUGUAUUAUUGCAAUAAUAAAUAAAAUGAAUAGCUA